AUGCCACUGGUCUCUUGUUUCUUUUCAACGAUCUCUUUUCUUGGCUUCCGAGCCAGCAGCCAAGAUCACCAGGCCCACUUGCUUCGUAGAAGUGCCGGGGGCCCUCGGGCCCUGACCACUGUUUCGCCAGGGCUAGGGCGACGACGCAAUGCGUCACAGCUGGUGCUGGGGAGCAACGAAGCUGUGGAGUGGUGGCAGGAAGUGGAUCAGCAGUGGAAGAUGGAGCAGCGAGCUGCAGAUCCCUCACUGAAGUCACCUUUCUUCUCACUGGCAGUGGAGGAAAACUCAACGGUCAUUGCAGUGGGUGGCGGCGCCGGCCGUUGUGCCAGCAUUUUUGGCCCUGACGCAUCGGUGCUAGCGACACUGCAAGGGCACACUGGAUGGGUGCGAGACGUGCUGUUUCAUGAAGGACAACUUUACAGUAUAGGUUGCAACUUCAUCAAGGUUUUGCGGCCCCAAAAGGAGGGAGACACAGCAGCGCGGUGGAGAAGCUGCGCCCACGUGGGAGAUUUGGAGGCAAAUGGUGAUCUCUUGGCCUUGGCUGUUUGCGGUGGUUUUCUGUUCGCCGUUGGUGCCUCCAAGUAUCGACAUCGCUGGAAGCUGCCAGCGCUUGGAAGGCCGAAGGAUUGGAUCGCAGAAGCGCGAGCGUCUCUCCUCCGGGAGCCAAGUCGACACGCGGGUCGCGUGACAUGCCUCAGCUGCUGGAGGGACAGGUUGGUGUCCUGCGGCCAUGAUGGUGAAGUCGUGUUGGACAGCUUCAGUUCCCUGAAGCGGGUGAGUUUGGGCAUCAGCCGACUGCUGUCGCUGGCAAUUGUUGACAAAGAGCACAUUGCCAUUGGUUCUGAGGAUGGAAGUAUCCAUUUGCUGAAUGCCAAGCUGCAGACGCUGGAGCCGAAGUAUGUCAUGGGCCCCAUGGGCCGUGGCCCAACUGUUGACAUCUCAGGGGCGCUUUGCGGCGGUCUCAACGGAGCUGCCAGGAUUCCACCUGGGAUCAUUCGAGAGUCAAAAGGAACGGAGCGGCGGAGCGGCACUUCGCUAAUCCACAACCGUGGUUUGGAAACACGGCACUUUUCGUGGGGACAGAGGUGCUCGGGCUGGUGUCCAGAGGGCGGCCGCAAAAGUGGUUGGCUUUUCUGGGUCAAGGUAGUGGUGUCAAAGCCGGUGCUCCAACGGACGCCCACUUUUCCUGGGGCAAGUAUGACCGCAGGGGCAUUUUCGGACGGGACAUUCAAUGCCGAUGUUCGGGCCAGGGUUCUUGUAGGGCAGGCUCAGGGAUGUGAAGAUUAUCACAUGUCAUGUGGUGGAAGAAGCGGUGCCAGAUUAGAUGGACGGCUCUCCAUUCUAAAAGAGGUGUGCGGUGAGCGGGCUGGAUCAGUUUCAGAACAAACCGCAUUGGAACCAGAUCGGACCGGGAUCGGAACCGGGUCGGAACCAGAUCGGAACCGGGUCGGAACCGGGUCGGAACCGGAUCGGAACCUGAUCGGGAACGUGGUGCUUCAUAGAUGGCCGAUGGCCUCUAAAAUGCUUACGCGUCGAUAUAGCGGGACUGGAGCGACACCGGGCAUAGGCUUGGCCAAGUUAAUUAGGGCUUCGGGGCACAACCGGGGCUACGAGCACAUCCGGCAGCUGCGAGGCAUCAGAUGGGUUGGCGCGCCACCGGGCAGCAUCCGCCCGGGCAGCUUGCCGCUGUCGCAUUUCAUGAUGAAUCCAAUCAGGGUCGAAAUAGCAACACUCAUCGAACAGCUUCAAGUACUCACGGCGAAGCAAUUCAUCCUCCGUGCGCCUCACGUGCGGCCACUCACUGUGGUCGUGCAAGAUUUUCAAGAUGGUAACGGCAUCAGCAACGGUGAGAUGCCUUCGAAGAGCGAGCCACAUGGCAGGACUUUCUGCCAGGUCCUGCAGAAGGCUUCUCGCUUCCUCUGGGGCGGCCUUUGCCUUGUCGCGGCGGCCCUGGCAGUUGCGGAAGUGUCCUGGAACGCACAAGUGCCGCCCAACGAAGCCACUGGACCCUGGCGGUUUAAGGAGCGGGAUCCCUUUGUUGAAGGCUGGAGAAGAGAUCCGGGGGAUGAACGGGUGGCAGCACUGCGUGAACAGCUGAUGCACAGCAACUGUAUGGAUGACCUGGUGACCUUCUCAGCCAUGGAUCCGGACUUUAACGUCACCGUAGCUGCAUCCUUCUUCGACAAACAUGGCUUCCUAGUCUUGGAAGAUGCCUUAUCAGAGCCAUUGCUGCAGAACCUCAAGAAUGCCUCCGGUCAUAUCAUGGAGAAAAUCUUUGAAAAAGACCCUGAAGGAAGUUUUGGCGGAGGCGCUGGUAAACUUCCGCAUCGCUAUAGUUUGGGCGAUGCUUCAGCUACGAAAUCCAAUUUUCAUUUGGAAGCCUAUUCUGCCUUGGUGGAUUUACCAAGCACCACACCACUUCUUCAGAAGAUCUUCGGUUCCAAUGACUAUUUCGCUGCUGGAUGCGGUGGUGAUGUGGUCCUGGCUGGGGCUAUAGAAUAUCAGUCCUUGCAUCCAGACGCGAUCUGGGGCAUCCUGGAUGGCCAUGUGGCGGAUCAAAAGCUUCCCCCUGCUGUGACGAUCAAUUUCGUGCUGGAAAACCUGACUGCCAUCAACGGAGCCAUGCGUUUGGUGCCUGGUUCCCAUCGGUUGAAGCAAAAUCCACCGAACCUGCUGCAGGAGCCAGAUUGGAUGCACUUCAACACCUUGUGUCCGAUCCCUGCAGGAGCUGCCAUUUUCAGGGACAAUCGAUGUUGGCACGGCGGUACACCAAACCUCUCCGACAAGAUGCGAGUCCUGCCAAACAUGGAAUACUUCCCGCCCACGGCCAUGCCAUCUUUGGGUUGGUUGGACAGGUCUACGAUGCCCUGGGAUAUUUUUCUUGGCCUUUCACCUUUUGGACAGCAUAUCUCCAGGGCAGUGGUGGCACCGCCGUGGGAAGAAAUUCCAGGGCUGGGCACUUACACACCGGCAGCGAUCCUUGAUAUCAUGCCUUUUCUUCGAUGA